CUUCGACCUGUUCUGGCCCGAAAGACACGAGAGUAAAUCUGUUCGGUUGGCGUGGAAGAUAUCCGGGGUGCUGGUGUCCGUGAUGAUGCUCGCUUCGGCUCUGACCAUGACUGUAUGACCUUGACGUUCGGAUUAUUGCUGUGCAGACUGCUCAUAAGACUAGAUCAUCACUGCCACGCAUAGCGCCCGUAUCGCCGGGACCGAUGCCGCAUCCGCUAGGAAAUUCUGGGCGGAACCGGCCAAGAAGCCUGCUCUGCGUAUGUGCCAACCAUACUGCUAAUGUCAUGACGCUGGCUAAACAUCAUGGAGAAUACCGGACAAACCCGAAAGCUAUCACGUCUGUUGUCUUUGCCUGGCCUGGUUGGGUUGCGACUGUUGCAAGGUGUGUCAUUUUCUUUGAAAUUAGGGUGCAAGAGGAGAUUGCUGACGCAGCACAGUACUGCCAUUCUGUUCAUGUCCCAUAAGCAUGAUGACGAGCUGGGUCCGAGAUCGAACUAUGGA